GCCGAACAUCACCCGGUGAGGUCUCAUUCGCACCAAUUGUCAACACGAUUUGCCCAUCCGCAGCCAUGUUUUGUCAUUCCAGCCAACUGGAACGGCUUCCGUCCAGAGGCAGUUCAAUGUUUCGCACGUAUCAAGGUGGGGGUAGCUCCUUCCUCAACCCAACGUCCCGCAUACUUGAACCAUCUCUCUCUUUCUCCUCAUACCUCCUUCUCUCCUCGUCAUCUAAGUGUCUCAAACACUCUCGUUCCUCUUCAGAAGCAUUGCUGUUUUAUUCGUGCGAAUUCUAGACAGCAUGACCGCAGCCAUAGACGUCGAAGAUGUCCUCUCCAGACUCAACAACGUUGAGAAGACAUCCCUCCUCGCAGGCUCCGACUGGUGGCACACCGUAGCCCUCCCCCAACACGGCGUCCCAGCAAUCCGCGUGUCUGACGGCCCAAACGGCGUCCGAGGUACCAAAUUCUUUAACGGCAUCAAAGCAGCCUGUUUCCCAUGCGGUACCGCCUUGGGAGCAACAUGGGACACCGAGCUGCUGCACAAAGCCGGCGUCGCCAUGGGCCACGAAAGCAAAGCCAAAGGCUCGCACGUGAUUCUUGGCCCUACCAUCAACAUGCAGCGCUCACCCCUCGGUGGACGAGGGUUUGAAAGUCUGAGUGAAGAUCCCGUGCUUGCUGGUCUCGGAGCUGCUGCACUCGUCAAUGGGAUCCAGGAGACGGGAGUUGUGGCGACAAUCAAGCAUUUCGUUUGUAACGAUAUGGAGCAUGAGAGGAAUGGGACCGAUGCUAUUGUUACUGAGAGGGCGUUGAGAGAAAUUUAUGCGUUGCCUUUCCAGCUCGUGGUUAAGGAGAGUCAGCCAGGGUGCUUUAUGACGGCUUAUAAUAAGGUUAAUGGAUUACACGUAAGUGAGAACCCGAAGAUUCUAAAGGAUAUGUUGAGGGGGGAGUGGGGGUGGAAGGGUUGCGUUAUGAGUGAUUGGUGGGGGACGUAUUCGACAACUGGCGCGGCAAAUGCUGGCCUUGAUUUGGAGAUGCCAGGUGCUACGAAAUGGAGAGGCGAAAUGCUGACCCAGGCCGUUGGAGUCAAUAAAGUGCCACAACACGUUCUCGAUGAGCGAGUUCGCAAUGUUCUCAACCUUGUCAACCGCUGCGCUGCUGCGAAUAUCCCGGAGCAUGCUGAGGAGAAAACUGCUGAUACGCCAGAGACGGCUGCCUUACUGAGGAAGAUUGGAGGAGAAUCGAUUGUUCUGAUGAAGAAUGAAGACAAUAUCCUACCCCUGAAGAAAGACAAGAAGACCUUGAUCCUUGGCCCGAAUGCAAAGAUUGCAACCUACCACGGAGGCGGAUCCGCUUCUCUCGCAGCCUAUUACGCAGUCACCCCCUUUGACGGUAUCAGCGCCCAACUCACUACCCCACCGUCAUACACUGUCGGUUCUUACGCCCACAAGGAACUUCCCCUCCUCGGAACAGUCCUCAAAACCGAUAAAGGGCAGCCAGGCGUGACAUUCAGAGUCUACAACGACCCACCAUCAGUCAAAGACCGCGAGCUCUGCGACGAAAUCAUCCUCGACAAGACUGAAUUCCUCCUCAUGGACUACAACAACCCGAAAGUCAAAAGUGCUCUCUGGUACGCCGACAUUGACGGGUAUUUCACUGCAGAAGAGGAUUCCGACUUUGAGUUAGGACUUGGCGUCUAUGGUACAGCAAAGCUUUACGUCGAUGGCAAGUUGGUCAUUGAUAAUGAAACGAAGCAGACGAAAGGAACGUUGUUUUUCCAUUGUGGGACGGUGGAAGAGAAGGGUAUUCUGUCUGUGAAGAAGGGGCAAAAGUAUCAUAUCAAGGUUGAGUUUGCGAGUGCUCCGGCUUGUAAAUUGGAUCAGGGGAGCAAUGUGCUGUUUGGUGGUGGUGCGGCAAGGAUUGGUGGUGCGAAAGUCAUUGAUGCGGAUAAGGAGGUGAAGCAUGCUGCGGAGUUGGCGAAGGAUGCUGAUCAGGUUAUUAUUUGUGCUGGUCUGAAUGCCGACUGGGAAGGCGAAGGCACAGAUAGAGAAGACAUGUCCCUGCCGGGGCACAUGGAUGCUCUGAUCUCCGCCGUCUCAAUAGCAAACCCCUCCACAGUCGUAGUAAUGCAGUCCGGUACACCCAUGGCAAUGCCCUGGAUCUCAUCUGUCAAAGCCUUAGUGCAUGCCUGGUACGGCGGUAACGAAACAGGAAACGCCAUUGCUGACAUCCUGUUCGGAAACGUCAACCCCUCCGCUAAACUCCCUCUCUCCUUCCCAAAACGGCUCCAGGAUAACCCCGCAUUCUUGAACUACAGGACUGAAAGAGGGAGAGCACUUUACGGUGAAGACGUCUACGUCGGAUACCGAUGGUACGAAAUGCUUGACCUACCAGUCCUCUUCCCAUUCGGCCACGGACUCUCAUACACUACUUUCUCUUUCUCCGACCUAAAGGUUGAUAAGACGGAUAAAGAUCUCAAAAUCGCCGUGAAAGUCAGCAACACAGGAUCGCUCGCAGGUGCAGAAGUCGUGCAAGUCUACAUAAGUCAAAAGAGCCCAAGUAUCAGGAGACCGAAGAAGGAACUGAAGGGCUUCAAGAAAGUAUUCUUGGAGAAAGGGGAGAGUAAGCUUGUGGAGGUGAAAAUUGAAACGAAGUAUGCAACCAGCUUUUGGGAUGAGAUACGAGAAGCCUGGGUCAGUGAGAAGGAUACGUAUGAGGUGGUUGUUGGGGGCAGUAGUGAGGAGGUUACGGUUGUGAGGGGGAGCUUUGAGGUUGAGAAGACGGUAUGGUGGAAUGGGUUGUGAGAUGUGCAUGACAAUCUGUGAGCAGAGGGAAUGAAUGGUGAUGAAUAAUUUUGAGACAGACUUAGGCAGCCAAGAAAUGGAGGGAUGAUUCCACACAUGUAUCGGG